AUAAAUAACAACAAAUAGUCCAUUCUUAUCUACGGGCAGCGAGCAGUUUAUAACAGUUUUCAGAAUUGAAUUAUCAACAAUAUCCAAGGAGUUAUUAAAUAAAAUAAUUUAUAGCAUUCCAAGGGGUUCUCAAAAUUGUCUAUGACUAUACCUGUAGCUGUUAUACCAAUAGUUCUAGCCAAUAGCCACAAAGAAUAACAACAUAAUAUAGUGUUUCAUUUACCUAUUUCUUUUAUACCUUUUUUCGUGUUACCCAUGAAACGAAAAAUAUUUUAAUAUUAUAACAGAUAAAAUUAUACCAAAAUAGAACAUAUUAUAAUUUAUCACUUAUGUUUAUGUAUCUAUUUAAUUUUAUACGGUUUUCAAUAUUUUUUGUUAUCAUUUAUAAAUUGUAUUGACACACAUUAUUCAAUUAUUGUGUUGAAAUACGUAUACUUUGUGCUUUGCUUUUUUUUAUUGUGAUUUAUUUCACAAAUCCAAAUUACCGCAAUGUCCAAAAAGCUAUCGAAUGAAGAAAUAGCUCGAGAACUAGAUGAAUAUAUUGCUAAUUCUGAAUCUGAAGAUGAAUUAUACGAUUUUGAUCUAGCUAAUGAUGAUUCUGAUCCUAGUUUUUAUCAAUCGAGACCAGUUGAUAAUAAUUUUAUUUUGAUAAAUUCUAAUACAAACUCACAGUCAAAUGCUAAUGGUGUAUAUAAUUCUAAUCAAGUGCAAUAUAACACACCUACUGAGAUUAGCCAACACGAUUUACAAGCCUCUGGUCUAUUACAUGAUGACCAAUAUUUAUUCAAAGAUGUUGAUAUUGAUGAAGCUCUGGAAAAUUUUGAAACUGAUUUCCAAGACUAUUUUUCACAGAAUGAGUCUUUUCAGUCUCCUUCUUCAAGUAUUACACUACAGUCAAGAGCAUCUUCAGAUGCAUUUUCAUCUAACAUCCAUAGACCCUCAAGAUCAUCUAAAGCUCCUAAAGCAAUCAAGACAUUAAAAUGGAAAAAAAAUGCAAAUAAGUUUCAACCAAAAAUUCAUAAAUUUAACUCAAUCAAUAGUGGUGUUCAAUGUGAAGAGUUUGAUUUAAAUGAAGCCUCACCUGUUAUAGAUUAUUUAGAAGCAUUUAUUACAAAUGAUUUGAUUGGAAAAAUUGUUUUUGAGACUAACAGGUACGCUCAGGAGCAACCGAUUAUUUCAGAACAUUCAAGAAUGGUUUAUUGGAAAGAUACAAGUAUGGAAGAAUUAUACAUAUUUUUAGGAGUCACUAUUUUAAUGGCUAGGAACAAAAAGUUAGAUAUGCAUGAAUAUUGGUCAACUAAUGAAUUAUUACGUCAGGAUAUUUUUGGUAAAUGUAAGAGUAGAGACAGAUAUUUACUUAUCUUGCGUUGUAUUCACUUCUGCGACAAUAGUCAACAAAUCAAAGGAGAUAGGCUCUACAAAAUUAAAAUGGUUUUGACUGAAGUAAGAAAGAAUUUCAAAGAUGCUAUGAUUCCUUUUUCAAAUCUGGCCAUUGAUGAGAGCUUACUUUUGUGGAAAGGGCGUCUGUCAUUUAAACAAUAUAUCAAAAGUAAAAGACAUAGAUUUGGUAUCAAGCUUUAUGUAAUAUGUGACUGUGAAACUGAUUUUAUUCUGAACUUUAUUGUGUAUACAGGAGCUACUGUAUACAAAGAUCCAUUAGAAGACAUACUUGGUAGAUCUGGUGUUAUCGUAAAAGAUCUAAUGAAGCCAUAUUUAAACAAAGGUUAUUCAUUAUUCACAGAUAAUUUUUAUACCUCACCACAAUUAUCUAUGUAUUUACAUAAAAGAAAAACAAACACAUGUGGUACUGUUAGAAAAAAUCGUAAACUGAUGCCAACUAUUGAAGGUAAGCUAAAAUUAGGUGAACGAGAAGCUCGGUGCACUGACAAACUUUUAGCGAUUCAUUGGAAGGACCGUCGUGACGUAUACAUGUUAACAUCUAUGAAUACAAAUGAAAUGGUAGACACAAAAAAGAUAGAUAGGAAAACAGGAAAAAAAUAUCUUAAGCCAAAAUGUGUAGUUAGUUACAACAAAAAUAUGGGUGCAAUAGACAAGACAGAUAUGUUAUUGAGUUCUACCGAAUGUGUUAGGCGUACAUUGAAAUGGUACAAAAAACUAUUUUUUCAUAUUAUUGAUAUGAGUAUGCUAAAUGCAUAUUCAGCCUAUAAAACAGUUACAGGUAAGCAUAUUUCAUUAGCUGACUUUCAGCUAACUUUGAUUAAUGAAAUAUUACAAAAAUACAAAUCCAGUGUGAAAACAACUCCAAGUAAAGGUAAAAAAAUAAUAAGUACAGACAGCCGUUUAAGUGAAAGACAUUUUCCAGAUUUAAUACCACAAACAUCAAGUAAAAAACAAAGGAGAAAAUGCUUUGUUUGCAGCCACAAGACUGAGGGGAAAAAAAGAACAGAUACAUUAUAUCAAUGCAAUGAGUGCAAUUUUUUUCAAUCAUUAAAUUUUAUAGAAUUUGGUUUAUUUAUACAUAAUAUUACUCAAUCACCGUAUCAUCGCAUAGCUCUUGCACAUUUUGAGAACCACCGGUAAUGAAUAAGAAAACUUGCUAUAACUUGGUAAGUUUUGAUCAAAAAAUUUUUUUUCUAAUUUUAAAAACUUCAGAGUGUAUAGAUUUAUCAAUAUUAGGUGAUAAAAUAAUUAAAUUAAUUUAUCAAAUUUGGUCAGCACAGGACCGUUACAUUCAAUUUUAGCCUUCAGCA